GUUUUAAUUGCGUGUAUCGGUCGUUUUAAACCACGAGUUUGCAGAUUGACUCACUUUUUGGCUUGGCUAGCAUUUGUUUAAAAAAAAAUUGCUCUGGACACAGUACCAUAUUUUUUUGUUUAACCUGGCUGACAGUUCCUGAUAUUUUGAGAACAUAUUUUGACGAAUCGCCUGAGCGUGAGAUAAAUGGGAGAUAGCACUGUUGUAUUCCUCUGAGGCAGAGGGCUCAUAGAUAGGAUGACGCUACUAUUCUGAAUUGUGUGAUGAGUUGUUUUUUUUGUCCCCCAGAGCUGCUGAUACAGAAUGGAAGAGGAGAAGUCCAGUUGCUGUAAGACUCGGCCUGGUUCCCAGAUUUGCCCUCUACAAAAUCACCUGCAGACCCAUUACCAUAGUCUACCAUCCUCGGAAAAUACAGUUUUAAAAUAUUUUGCCUUUUGCUGCUUUCAUGUGCUAGUCUGAACAAGGAAACUAAGACAUUUCCGACUGGCUAACUGGUUGUAGUUAUACACGUUCCGCGUUAAACGAAUCAGCAUGUCGGACAUUUCCGAGUUUCCUUGUUCCGAGUAGCAUAUGAUAUAUUGUUUGUUUUGCGUUUGAAGUGCAGAUUUUAUAGAAUUGCAUAAUUUUGCUGCCUACAGGGCAGGCUAGCUUGAACUGUCAUCCAAAUUUAGAGUUUGGAGGAAAAUUAAACCGUGACAAUGAAAUUCCUGUAUAAAGAAGAGCACCCAUUUGAGAAGAGAAGAUCGGAGGGGGAAAAGAUCAGGAAAAAGUACCCAGAUAGAGUACCGGUGAUAGUGGAGAAAGCCCCCAAAGCCAGAAUUGGUGAUUUGGACAAGAAUAAAUAUCUUGUACCCUCUGAUCUUACAGUGGGACAGUUCUACUUCCUGAUACGGAAGAGGAUUCACCUGCGGGCAGAGGAUGCCCUUUUCUUUUUUGUCAACAAUGUCAUUCCUCCCACCUCAGCCACCAUGGGACUACUUUACCAGGAACACCACGAAGAGGACUUCUUUCUUUACAUUGCCUACAGUGAUGAGAGUGUCUACGGAGACAGCCAAACGAAAGUCUAGCUAACCACCUUUCAGCACAUCUGCAGUCUGACUCUGCAUCGUCACAAAGAUAAAUAAAAGCAAUUUAGUUGCCAUCAGAUUAGUCUUUUAAUGCACUUUCAAACCCUCUUGCCCCUUUUAAAGCUAAAAUCCUUAAUUGAAACAAUAACAAAGCGACCAUCCCGCCUCUGUUUUGGUAAAAAAGUGGCGGGAUGGACCUGUAGAAAUGCAACCACUCUCAAAUUCAUAGACCGAGCUAUUGAUGCAAGGACUGACCAUGCAUGAUAUCAAAAUUAUAGUUUUAACAAUAUUUUGAGGCUAUACAGUUUUUUUUAUGUUUACCAACAUUGGAGUAAAACAAGCUUCUAUUUUGGGUUCGACAGUUGAACUAAGCUCAUGAGGCAUUUAUAAGUUAUAUUUUUCAAGAAUCAAUGUGUAUAUAUAAUGUAUUUAUUAUUCCCAAAACUGUUGUUACAACUAAGUAUUCUAGCUUUAACAUUGACUACCAAAUCUACAUCUGUGUUCUCCUGUCAUAGUUAUCCACAGCACAGUUUUAUGUCUGUUCGUUUCACCUUCCAAAUGGCUUAGGGAUAGUUUCCUGGACACAAUUCAAUCCUUGUCCAGGACUAAAAACAAAUUUUCCAUAGAUAUUCUCCAUUGAACAUGUGUUUUAGUCUAGGAAUAGGCUUAGUCUGUCUGAGAAACAGGCCCUUAAUCUACCCGAUUACUCUGUCGCUAGCAAUCUUUUUUAGUUUACUUGAAAGAUUAGAUUUUAGACCUAUACACAUUUAUGUAUGCAUUGACAUUGCACCCAAACAUUUCAGUGGACUGUUUUGGUGAUGUAUCUUACUGUAGCUGCAUAGACCAAUGAAGGAUAUUUCGGUGAUAUGAAGGAUAUGUUAGCCUGAAAGCCAGACCUGUUUCUUUCUCUCCCUGUGUGACCACCUCCCUCAGAUGACCACUCAAGCCAUUAACUUUCUAAUGAUUGUCCAUCUUGUGAUGUUUUUUCUAAAUUGCAUGCAUUUUUGUUUAGCUUUAAAGCCCAUUGAGAUUCUUUAUGUAAUGAAUAGUGCUAUAAAAGUUGAAUAAAUUAUUAUUUAUCUGUCCAGGAAACUGGCAA